GUCUCUCCCGCCAUGUCGACCGCCAACCACCGCCCCAUCGUGUACUUCGUCAUCGCCGGCCUGCUUUGCGCAAGCCUGACCCUCAACGUCUUCACCUACUCGCGCAUCCGGCGCCUCCAAGCUCCCGCGCAAUCGAAUGCCCAUUCCUACUACAGCGUAACUCCAGCAGACAUCGCGCUUGCCGCCACCGUCCCCCAACUCCCCCUCACCGUCCAGCCCGCGACACUGAAGUUUGUCUUCGGGGAGCACUACAACAUCACCAAGCCGGAAGAAUGGGCCUCGCUGAUACCACCACACGACGGGCGGGUCAGGCUCGGCGAGGGCGCGGAGUUUGGGGUAGGGAUGUACCAGGACAUGCGCUGUCUCGACGUUAUCCGCGCUGCCUUUGUCAGAAUGCGCGAUACGGGGUCAACGGAGCGGGACGAGCGGGCAGAGGCGUGUUUUGGGCACAUCCGCCAGGCGAUUGCGUGCACGGCCGACAUCACACUCGAGCCCGCCAAAGUCAAGUGCAGCAAAGACGAGGAAACGGGGAAGGUGGUUUGUCCGGUCAUCUCGGCGGUAGCGACAGGGAAUAGGGUAGACCACCGCUGUCGAGAUUGGAACCAAGUACGCGCGUUUGUCGAGGAGAACCAGAAGUCUUGGGUGUAG